GACAGGGGCCGCAAUCAAUCAUCGACUCACUUGCAAUCCCCAUCUCGACGGGAGUGACUGUGCUCGCGUUCACUGCGUUGUGCCUGGGUGAGUGUCCAGGCGUGGAACUGGGGCGCAUCCCUCGAUCCCUUGGCACCUCGCGUUCCUUCAUCGAACUUCUCAACCACACCAACCGCGCAUUCCACAUCACAUCGCGCUGCCCACCCGUCAAAGCCUGCGCGCAUCCAGUCGAGCAGCCAAUUUGUCUUCGGUCGCACUCCGGCUUUGCAGUGUUCCUCCGCCCGCGCCGCCCCGGCCCGCAUGGUGAAAGCGAGCGCCUGAGCAGAACUCUGGCCGCCCUGAGCGCGUUGCACGUCUCGACGGCAUCGCUCCCGCAUCGCGACCCUAACCCGCCGUCACCAUGGCCGCGACCGCAACCAACGGCGCCCUCACCCCGCCGUCGCUGCCCCCCGCACCCUCGUCGCCCUCGCUCGCGAAGCGGAAACGCACCGACACCGACGCAAACCUUCCCAACGGCGCGUCUACCGCCGCGCCAGCGAAACUGCUGAAUGGCGAUGCGCACUCGCUGCAGCCCGUUGUGGAGGAUAUCCUCGCAGUUCUGAAAAGCUACGAUAUUCAACCCCCCAUCCUCGCUCAUCCGAUCACUUCCUCCGCCACUCGAGCGUCCUCAGGCGAAGCCGACUCCAAACGCACAAAGCUGACGCCCCCCGCCGGCCCGUCUACCAUCUUCGACCUCGCGCACAAUGGCUCCUAUGAGUCGCUGGAGGCCCUGGAGAAGGAUGUCGAGAGUGCAACAGCAGACAUACUCGCAAGCAUCGGUACCACCGAGCCCUCAGGCAAACCGUCCCCACAGGAGGUUAGGGUGCUCGCGUUCCGGAAGAUGCUGAAGAGUCUGAUAACCAGAGAGGAAGUUCGAAGAGCGCAUGUAGCUGCGAAGAAAGAGGCAUCAGAACGCACUCCCGAGGAUGCGGUGCGCGAGGAGGAAGAGAUGGUCAAGGUCAAGAAGGAGGAGGAAGAGGAACCCGAAAGUCGGACUGUCCUCACCAUCUUUGGAAACGCCCAGGGCCCGAAACAGCUUUUCUCUAGCUUACAGCAGCCCCGCGUUGUCUCGCCAUCCCACAAAGUUUCGACCCUCGACACAUCCGUGAAGGUGACGUUACCGCUGCGCGAGUCAGCUCUGCCAAACAUCAUAUCGACGACCCAGGUCUUCCCUCUGCCGGAUAGCACCGAUGAGAAGAGCAAGGAAAAUGCGACCAUUGGGAAGCUAUUCAAAGCCCCCGCGCAUUUGCCGCAGCUUAGCCCUCCCAAACUUGCAAAGCCUCUUACUACGAAGGGAAGCACCGUCACCUUCGCACCCCCGGAGCCUCCAAAACCCAACCGUAAGAGCUCGCACUCGUACGCGAAUCAGAAUUUGGCCGCCGGGAUCUGGUUAGGCUAUGGUGGAGUCGACAUGCCAAAGGACCCGACCUCGCCGACCGCGAAACAGAAAAGCAGGCAGCGGGCACUCAGCACUGGCGAAGCACAACAGCCGCCGUCUCAGACCACGCUUACGGCAAUCAAACAAGCAAAGGAAGAUGCAUUGUUCCGCAGCGCAUACUCUAGCUUUGCCCCUACACGGGACGAUUCUACUGCCAUCAUUCCAGAAGAAACUAAGAACAUGGUGUGGUGGCAGAAGGUCGGCGAAAAGCGCUUCAACGAAGUGUUUCCCAUCGAUCCAGCCUUGCUCGGUGAAGAGGGCGCUUCAGAAGUGGAUGCCAAUGAGGUUGCUGAGGACGAAGAGGAGGUUUUCAAGGCAGCGGCCGAGAAAUUCGAACCGAUCCAAGAAGGCUUGCUUGAGGAGCCUAAGGAGAAGACCGAACUUGAGAAGAACACUGAUGAAGUGCUGAAGGAAAUAUCGGAGCUUCUCGAAACGCUAGCGUCCCACCAGAGGAUACGGAAUUCCUCCCUGGCCACCAAUCCUCGCACACCUGUGAUCCAGAAUUCAUCGCUAGCGUCGCUUGCUGGUAGCCCUUCGACGCCAUCCUCUGAAGAAAUUGACGUUUACCAAAUGCUAAAGUCUCAGUUAACGUUGAUGAUAUCCCAGCUCCCGCCGUAUGCGGUUGCGAAGCUCAACGGUGACCAGCUGGAGGAACUCAAUAUCAGCCGAACGAUCCUCAUCGAGAACAAGGAAAUUAAAGGUGUUCUGGAAGAAGAUCACCUUUCCAGGCUUGCCAAAGCCUCUUCGGCAACCGCGGUUGCUCCUCCAAGUCUUCCACGGAUGACAUCAACCGGGUCAGGGGCGCACUCUCAUUAUCCGCCGUCCAGCACGCAAUAUACUCGCCCCACUUCCGCGAUUCAUUCUAGUGCACGCCCGGUGCAAGCCUCCCAGUCAUACUUUCCACAACAGCAAUCAGUCCAUCGAUCUCCGUCCGUCCAUUAUCAGCGUUCGUCUUCCGGACCCACUCAAGCCUAUCAGACUCCCACCACAUCCUAUUCCAGCACCGCUAGACCAAGCUUCCCUACGACCCAGGCAUACGGCCAGCAGACGUCGCGGACAACAUAUAGUCAGGCGGCGACUCCUGGCCAAUACUACUCCCAGCGAUCUGCGCAACCGAGCAACUACGGCACCGGAGCUGCCGCGUCGCAAUACUUCGGGUCCACUUCUCAAACACCUUCUCAGGGUCGAUAUCCGCAACAGUCACAAAACGGCUUCUAUCAACGGCCCCAGAAUGUGGCUCCAAUGUACAGCGCAGCUCAGAGUCCCCACGCUCGUACUGCAUCGCCACUCAAAGCCGCACCCGCGGCUACUCAACCGAGCUAUGGCUCGCGGCCAGGAUUUGGCGCUCCUGGUGGCCAAAUACGAAGUACCUACUAUCCCCCGUCACAGUAUGGCAACCCGCAGCCUCAAACUCCUGUGUCGGCCGCAGCUGGGGGAUAUAAUGCUCUAUCCUCGAACACUCAACAGAUGAUGAUAGACAGACAACAGGCACAAGCUGUUGCGCAGUCGCAGGCUCGUCUAGCGGCCCAGAAUAGUUUUAACAGGCAGGGAUCGGGCACGCCGCAGCCUCCUAAUGGUCAGUAUGGCGGACAACAGCAGCCGAACGGAGCUUCUAUGAUGACAUAAAGCUGCGAGGAAAAUAAUGAGCAGGUGCCGAGGCGUUUGGACGGUAUGGUUUGGAUACCAUAGAUCAUAUUCAAGGCGUUUCUUAUCGGUACGCUUCCCCUUGGGCAUGGAUGGUAUGGGUGCGAGGUUAGUUACUGGCCUUCCGUCCUUGGCGGAAGGUAUUCUUGUACUAGUACCUGUCGUAAAGAUGGCGGAUUUUGCGCAUUCGAAAAUAGGCUAGGCAGAAACAGUGAGUACUGUAAUACCAGAGUAGAGUGCUUUAUCAAUUCUUAGUUCGCGUGGCUGACUGCGCGCGAUAAAAGAGGAUGGUCCAGGGCAAAAGAAGAGUUGGUAUGGUAAUGUCAUGGUUGCUACUAACUCUCACGGCAAAAAGCUAAGCGGCC